AUGCAGACCGAGGAAAGCAUGAAGCGUGUUGGCGUAUUGGCCUUACAGGGUGCUUUUUCUGAACACAUUCAGCAUUUAGAGAAGUGUGUAGCGGACAAUGGGUAUGAGGUGAAAAUCGUAACGGUGAGGACACCUGAGGAACUGUCACAAUGCGAUGCUCUUGUGUUGCCUGGCGGCGAGUCUACGUCGAUGUCGCUGAUCGCGCAAAGGACCGGGAUGUUUCCCCAUUUGCGUAAAUUUGUGCACGACCCAAGCAAGGCUGUCUGGGGCACCUGCGCAGGGCUCAUCUAUAUCUCGCAGGAGUUGGCAAACGAAAGGGAAUUGGUGCAGCCACUGGAACUGCUGAAAGUGAGGGUCAGAAGGAACGCUUUUGGCAGACAGGCUCAGUCGUUUGUUCAGAACUGCAAUUUCUCCGAAUUCAUACCGGGCUGUCACGAUUUCCCAGCCGUUUUCAUCCGGGCGCCGGUUAUCGAGCAUAUUUUCGAUGCGGAUGCUGUGAAGCCGUUGUUCACUCUGGAAAGUGGAUUGAUCGUUGCGGCGUCGCAGGGCGACAAUAUCUUGGCGACCUCGUUCCAUCCUGAGCUGGCAGAGAACGACAGCAGGUUUCACGACUGGUUUUUGAGGCAGUUCGUACUCAAAUGA